CGUUUUUAGAAAUUUGUAAAUAAAUAAUUACAGAAGAUUUAUUUGGUUGUAUCUUUAAAACAAAUAUGAAUAUUAAGUGUUAUCAUUUCUUACCAAUUUUACUAAGCUUUAUUUUUGGGAUGUGGUAUGUGCAUUUCAAAAAUAAAAACAUAGAAAUUCCUAAUUUAGAUCCUAUUAAAUAUGAAUUUGAUUGGCUUAGACUUUACAAUUUGAUGGAAGAAGAUUAUUUCAAACAGAAUCAAAUGAGUUUGAAUUUUAGAUAUUUUUUGCCAAGGACUUACUUUUUUAUUCCAAAUCAUAUGAAGUAGUUCUAUUAAGAGCCUUUAUACAAUGAGGAUCUUUUAGAUCCUGUUUAUGGGUUAAAUCAAACUUUUACAGAAAAAAAGAUUCAAUUUAGUUAAGCAAUAGGAAGAAAUGUUUUAAAAAAUUCUAGAUUUUCUAGUUUUAUGAAAAAAUAAUUAGAUAACAAUGGCUAUGAUAUAUUAAUGUUUUAAAAGUAAGUAGAUUUGAAUAAAAAUAUAUUGUAAAAUAAUAGAUUCUUAAAGGCUUUUUGUAUUAACAACAAAAUUUACUCCUCAAUUGAUGAUAAAAUAAUAAAUUAAUUCUUUUAAAAUGAAGAUAGUGCUGUGCUAAUAAAUAGAAUUCUUGAGAUUCAAAAGUAUUUAAGUAAAUUUAUAAUAAUGAAAAAUAGGAGGUGCAUUAAUUUUAACAUGUUCGAAAUAGAAAUACUAUUUACUUAAUAAGAAGGCAAAUACAAAAGACCUUAUGUUGAUAAUAUUUUUAAUGUUAAAAAGGUUUAAACAAAUAAUAUUGAUAUUUCUAAAUUAGUAGAAAUAAAUAUCAGUAAAAACUACAUUCAAAAUGAUACAAAGUAUAAAAUAUUUAGUUAUGAUUAUGACUUUCGAUUAAAAAGAAUUAUCCAUUAAUGUGUUAGCAACUAUAAAUAUCAUUACCAAUGGAUAAAAUAAUAAGCAGAUCUUCUUUAUUUAGAGCCUAUUUGUGAUCAAAAUAGUAAUAAAUUAGCUGAGGUAAAUAAAAUAUAUAGACGCUCUGAUAUAUUGCUAAUGAAAAAGCUUGAUAGAUUCAUUUUAAUUUAAAAUUUAACUAUUUACAAUUUUUUGAUGAAUUCAGAUAUUGUGAAUAAUAAACUUCAUUUUUAUUAAAUUGCUCAUCAGCUAGAUUAAGAAAAUCGCAAAUAUGACUUUUCACUUUCUAAAUUUCUCCCAAAGACAUAUGCAUUUAAUUUAAGUAGCAAUAAUUAUACCUAAUAAGAAGAGGAAUUUAUGAACUUAUUGGAAAGCGAAAUGUGGAUUAGCAAGCCACUAGAUCAAUUGGGAGGAAAAGGAAUUAAAGUUUAUUAAAAUUCAAGCCAAAUUAAGGAGCAUAUAAAAAAAAUAAAACAAGAGAGUACAAAUUAAACAGAAGAAGAUCAGUAAGUAAUAGUCUAAAGAUAUAUUUAAAAUCCACUUUUGGUCAAUAAGAAAAAAUUUGAUAUUCGCUCUUAUGUAAUUGUUGUCUCUACUGAUCCAUACAUAGUUUACUUCCUCAAUGGCUACGUAAGACUGACAAUAAAUGAUUACAAUAAAAAUGACACAGAUCUUUUAACACAUUUAGUGAAUACAAAUAUUCAGAAAAAACAUCCUUAAUUUAAUUCAAAAAAAGAUGAUUCACAUUGGGAGCUACAUAAAUUUGAGUCUGCCUUGAAAUAAUAAUAUAAUAUGACAGACGAAGAUAUUCAAAUUAAAAUUUAUAAUCAAAUGAAAAAAGCAAGUGCUUACCUUUUUAAAGGAUUAGAAUAGUAUUUUAAUGUAUUUACAGCUAAUUUCUAAAUAUUUGGACUGGAUUUCAUGUUUGAUGAAGAUUUUAAUCAAUAUUUUAUAGAAGUUAAUGAAAUUCCUUAAUUACUUGGUUAGACUUCAACACAUAGAAAUGUAUGUCCAGAAAUAGUCUCAUAAUAACUUGAUAGUAGUCUUUAUGCAAAUGGCUAAAUAUUGAAAGGUGAAGAAAUUGAUAUGAAAGUUCUCCAAAAUAAAUGCAAGAAUUGUGACUUGCUUAUCAACUAAGAACAAAUAUUCUAUGUAAAUGAAAUUAAUGCUAAAAAAAAGGAUUGAUAGUUCUCUGCUUUUUUUAAUUAGCUUUUAUUGAACCUAUAACACUUAAAGAAUUUAAAUUCUUGUAGAUCCUAAAACUCAAGAGUUUAAUUAUUUAAUUUGCUGUGAAUGAAUUUAAUAAAUUAUUUUAUUUUGAUUUUUAUCUAAUAAACCUACCUUGUUUUAUGAUUUUUAAAUUUGAGCAUAUUAUUUUUUAGAUAUAAAAACUAGAUCACAAGAUUUCAAAGCUUAGGAAGUAUGGUG